AUGAUACUAAUUCACGGGCUUUAUGCCAUCUGGGCACUUCUGAUCUUUCCCUUGAUCAAUGCGGAGGGAUUUUCCCCCAAAGUGACCAAGACUAUUUCGGAACGUUCGUUCACUAUAAUGUGUUUUGAUGAUUCUAACACUCUGCUUAGAACGCAAGAUGAUUCCUUGGCCAUUAGUUUUGAUGCUGGGGAAAAGUGGGAAAAGGUCAAUGACAUUAAAGGAAAUGUCGAUUGGGUAUAUAUGGACCCCUUCAAUGGGCACGACAGAGCCAUCGCAACGCCAAUGAACGGAUCAUACUUUUACAUGACCAAUGAUCAAGGUAAAUCGUGGAACACUAUGUUCAUCGAAAAGGAUUCUCCGGCUCAUUAUUGCCAGGUGAUUACUCAUCCCACAAACAAAGACUAUCUUAUUGCAACUUGUAGCUAUUGUGAAAACCAAGAAGGCAGUGAUGAAGAUGAACAAGCCGGUGACGAUGGCACAACUAUUAUAGAUUUUAGCCGUGGGCGUUGUUUUGAUAAAACUUACGGAUCAAGUGAUGGUGGGAAGUCCUUUUCUGAGAUCAAGACUUCUUUGGAAAAGAACGAGAAAAGAGUUUAUGGUAACGCUCGUUGUGACUUCAUCAAAUCUAGCAAAGAUUCUAACUUGGGUGACAAUGACGCCUCAAUAAUUUGUCUUUACCAAAAUACUGGUUUCGCUGAAAACCAACUCGGACUUACUAUUACCGAGUCUCAAUUAUUUUUAACUAGCGAUUGGGGUAAAUCGAUCAACGAAUUCGACCAAUUUAAAGAUAAAGCCGUUGGUUCCUACGAAGUGUUGAAGUCUCACGUGGUAAUCUUGACCCAAGGUGAUAGAUACAAUAAGAUGUCUUCUAUGGAUAUAUGGAUAUCCAAUGAUCUGUCAACUUUUCAAAUGGCCCACCUGCCCACUCAACUAAGACAUUC